AUGGAAGUUGAAGCAGCGGGUGUGGAAAAAGAGAGGGAGACGAACAACAUCGUGAUGCGUCAGUUUACUGACCCAGAAGGUGCUCCUCUGGGACCGUCGAUGUACCUCCCGCAAAGCGCUGGCCCCAAGGAGCUUCAGAAUAUGGUCAAUCAGAUUAUAAACAAUGAGGAAAAACUGCCUUGUGCAUUUUAUGUAUCAAAUCACGAGCUUGUGGUGCAGCUUGGUUCAUAUCUUCAGAGCAAUAAAGUGUCUGUGGAGAAGGUCUUGACAAUAGUUUACCAGCCCCAAGCAAUAUUUCGAAUACGUCCUGUUCUUCAACUAUUACUGGUCAUACUGAGGCUACUCCAUUAUUCACAUGUAAAUGCCACAAGAACUGGGUACUUUGUAUUGCAUGGUCACCCGAUAGUAAACAUCUUGUUAGUGGAAGUAAGGCUGGAGAACUUCAAUGUUGGGAUCCACGGAUUGGAUGGCAUCUGGAAAUCCACUUACCGGCCACAAGAAAUGGAUAACCAGGAUUUCAUGGGAGCCAUUGCAUCUAAAUGCUCCAUGCUGUCGCUUUGCGACUGCAAGUAA